AUGAAGAAUGGAGAAUCUUUCCGCGCUAAUGGAUUUAAGCGAUAUAAAUUAUCAUCCGAUGAUCCAUUGAUUCGAGGAGAUAAAGACACAAAAAUCUAUAUUGAUGCAUCUAAACAAACUAUUAUGGCCCAUAAGUAUGCUCUUGGUUCAAAGUCAAGUGCUUUUAACCAAAUGUUCAAGGAGGAUUCUGUUGAUAGUAUUACCAUCUCAGAUAUGACAACUAUACCAUGUCAAAUAUUUAUAGAUUACUUCUACGAUAUCGUGAGAGACGAGGAUCUUCUGAAUUAUAGUCAAGAGUUAUUAGAAGCUGCAAAGAAAUAUGAUGUAAUUGAUUUGAUAAAGGAUAUUGAGAAAAGGCUCAUAAGAGAUAUCACUACACAGAAUGUAGUUGAGAGGAUGAAGAUAACAUACCGCUAUGACUUGAAGACUUUGAGGAAUCAGUGUGCUCGUUUACUUGUGGAGUUUAAAAAAUUGCACACCCUUCGGACAGAAAUUCGUGCUUACCGUAGAACUGUUGAUAUGGAUACAAUUAGCAAAAUGUUUUCUGAUUUUUGUACCUUUGCUACCGAGUGA